CAAGGAUUGUUUACCUACGCCAGCUGAUGCUGUGUUUUGGUUCUGUCCGUCCCUAGGAAAAAUAAGAAAUUAUUGCUAUAGAAAUCGUGAAAAAAGCUGUUAAAUUUUAUUAAUGUCGCUGCUAUACUCAUACCAUCUGUCCAAGUGGUAUGUUGUAACCUGCAGAUUACUCAGAAAGUCUUCAUAUGAGAUUGAGAACUCUCAUAGAUACUUGUCUUCUGCUCAAGUGACAACUGCCUUACGGCCCUUCUACUUUCUUGUUCAUCCGGAUCUUUUUGGCCAGCAUCCAAGAGCCCAACAUGUUAAUGAUGCUUCCCUCAAGGUACUCAAUAGCCAUCUCGAUUCUCUCAUCAAACAUGAGAAACCAAGGCCUAUUAGCCUCCAGUUCUAUGUCAAGAAUAAGAAAACACAAGGUACCCUAAACACAAUAGCACUUAAGCUGAAUAAAACAUCAGCUCGGGACACUGUGCAAAGAAUUCUUAGUGAUUUUGAUCUUCCUACCAAAUAUGUAGAUAAUCUUCCCGAGACACUGCACCAGCCGGAUAGGAAAAUAAACUAUCAUCGACCAUUUUAUGAUAGCACAAGACCCUUCAACCCAGAAGAUGAGCUCUAUACAGCCAGGAGAGAAAAACUAUAUUCCUGGCUCAUCAAGAAUAUGGGGGAAGCUGAGCGAAGAUUAGCUGUCAGUGAACCAGUUCGUCAAGAUAUUAUACGACUUCGACUUUGGUUGAUAGAAGAGCUUAAUUUGACUCGCUUGUCUUGGCAGCGAGGACUUGGCCUAACACACCUGCGAGGAUGCCUUCAGGGACUUAUAGCUUUAACCACGCAUCAUCAGGAAAUCAAGGAUGUUUUGCAGGGUCGGGCAAUUCAUUUUGGGAAUGAAACUGGUGUGAGUUUGGAGGGAAAUGUCAUUCUUAGUACGUCUGAAGUUCGCAAUCAAUGGCUAAAGGUUAUAUGCAAACUUCCUGAGCAAGAUCCAAUGAUCCAGCGAAUUCCUGGCAUGCAGAAAGCUGUUUCAAAUGCUUUACGAGAGAUUCAAGUAACUCAUCGGAAAUACCAACCAUUUGUGCUUGUGGAACAUUACAUUCAGCAUCUUAGACGUCUAGUUACAUCCCUUGGAGAUUAUCAAGGUCGUGAAGGCUUCCCAAAAUCUUGGCCACAAACACUGUCUUCUCUACAGCUUGUGGUAGAAUCAGCCGCUGGUCCACUGAUGCUGUCUCCAACUGGCCAGAUUCUAGCUCCGUCCUCGUGUCCGCCAUGGCUACUCGUCAACUUCAUUACAGAAAAUAUGGAGCAAGCAGAGAAGAUAAUUGGUGAUUAUGAAAGUAUUCGAGACAAAGAAAAAGAUUUAUAUGAAAAGUGCAAAGAAGAACUUGGAUUAGAAUUUUUAGAAAAUGACGAUUCUGUAAUGCCAAAUAUGAUGAUAGAGUGCCUUGAACGACUUUUGGAUUCCGCCUACCGCCUUUCACCGCUCCUGUCAGGUGCACGUCUAUGGAUUACACAUUACUAUGCUGUAAUGGUAGAUGGGGAAGUUUGUAUUCCCUGGAACUGGGACCAGGAAAAGUUUUGAAGUUAUCCUAUUAUUUUUUCGUAUGUCUCGGUUGUUAUGUGUCUCUAUCUUAUAUACUGUAUAUAUUUUCACCAACACGGCUGAAUACAUAUUUGUUCAACUUGAAUGGACUGCUAUUCUUUGUUAUGAAUUGCCUGUAUAUUGUAGAAAUUAGCUGACAAAAAUUUCAUAAUUUGUUAAGUGAAACAAAUUUGUUUAGUGAAAAUAUCUGUUCGAGAGGGGACAAAUAUAUAUAUAUAUAUACAGUGGAACCUCUAUUGACGAGUGGCUCUAUUAACGAGUUUUUCCAGUAACGAGCAAGCCACUCGCAGCAAAUUUGUCUCUAUUGACGAGCUCGCAUCUAUU